AUGGGCAUUCUCACGGUUGUGCUGUGGUAUGGCGGUCAUCUUGUCAUCCAAGGAAAGAUCGAAUCAGGGCUUCUCGUCUCGUUUUUACUGUAUCAAUUCCAACUGGGAGAGAAUCUCAGGGAGCUUGGUGAGGUGUGGAAUGGUCUCAUGCAAGCUGUCGGUGCUUCACGAAAAGUCUUCGAGUUUAUUGAUCGAGAACCGAGAGUAAAGAAUCACGGCAAAUACGCUCCAGAGAAACUUGUCGGACGAAUUGAAUUCAGAAAUGUGAAGUUCAGCUAUCCGAUACGACCGGAUCUUCCUAUCAUGGAGGAUCUUACAUUCACCGUAGAACCAGGCCAGGUGGUCGCAUUGGUCGGCCCGUCUGGUGGAGGAAAAGUCGAGUUGUAUAGCAAUGUCUAUCUGGAUGGCAUUCCUAUUCGCGAGUAUGACCACAAGUACCUGCACACAAAAGUUGCCCUUGUCGGUCAAGAACCCGUGCUAUACGCCAGAUCCGUAACGGAGAAUAUCGGGUACGGCUUGGAUUCCUACAGCAAUGACGACGUGCAAACGUCAGCAAAACUAGCCAAUGCUCAUAGCUUCAUCAUGGAUACUAGCGAUGGCUACAACACGAAUGUUGGUGAAAAAGGAAGUCAAAUGUCAGGUGAGAAAGUAGAGUUUGUUAAAAGCGUGCCUAUGACAUAG